AUGUCGUCUCUACAGUAGUCUGUUAUAGAUCUGAAAUGUGAACAGCUCAGUUAUAAAUAUGCUGUGGAGAGACAACUACAUUAUUUCUAUUACAAGAAGCAACACAUUUCAUUUUUAAAUUGAUAUCAUACGUCAAACAAAAUAUCCCACCAUGAGUUAUUUUUCUGAAGUAAUCGAUGUGAAUGAAUUCGAUCCACGUAUUAAUAAUUAUAAUAGCUUCUUUCACGAAAACAUUUGCCACGUCUGCAAGAAAGUAAACAAUGGAUCUUUUAUAUCAUGUAAGCGGUGCAAUAUGAUUUCUUAUUGCACUAUUGAACACAGAUUGAUGCAUCGUCCACAACAUAUGCAGAUUUGUGAAAAUAUAAACCGAUUUUUACGAGAGAAUGAAAUACGUCGAGACUGUGCUUUAAGUUUAACUAAUUGGAUCACGUUAAGACAACAAUUUCUAAGCUCAAUUAAAAAAUGGAUUCCACGUAAGCUAAAGCCGUAUGAAGAACAGAUGAUUCUUUUUGCAAAAUCAUGCUCUAUUUGUCACAGACAGAUUAAUUUGGAACAUUGCAGAACGUGUUAUUCGGAAUAUUAUUGCAUUGACCACAUACAGCGAAUUCACUGUUUUACAAUUCACUAACAUUAUUCUUCGAAAAGAACCAUUUAAUGACAUGAAUACAUUUUUGACAGCAUAUGUGCGUCCUUCCUUAAAAAGCUUACAUGCACGUGAAAUAUAUUCUAAAUAUUUCCAUUCUGAUUAUGCAUCAGGACCGCUAACAUUAUAUUAUGGAAUGCAGAAUGCUGAUUUACUAGAACCACUUUCAUCCUCAUUUAAAAUAUUUGAUUUUAAAUACGUUAUUCACGUGGUAGCACUAAGUUCCUUAGAAAAAGAGUAUAUAAAUGCUUGGGAAAUAUUUGUACAUCUCUUACGUGACGUAAGGGAACUAACAAUUAUACUAGUAGGACCAAAUCUUGAGCAGGAUCAUUAUGACAUGGAACUUUGUAGUAGAUGCAAAAGGGAUAAAGUGCUUCAUGUUGAAAUUUAUAGUACAUUUUACCAUAUGUAUGUGGCCGGUCCAUCUUUUAAAGAACC